AUGGCACCACUCAUUCUGCAUAAUGUUCCAGACGAUGAGCUCUACAUAGGCGACGACGGCGUUAGGAGACCAUACGCAAUGGUUUUUCCACAUCAAGAAGGCCAUUCGGGCAGCAUUCGCGCCCGACGAGGCGUAACAGAGACGGGAUCGUUUGGAAAAUCCACCCGCCGCUCUCGUUCGCGAACCGGAACGCCAGCACGCCGUGAGAACCCGACCCUAGCAGCAGCAGACAAGAUCUUCAGUGACUGGGUCGCCAACAAGGCCACCUCCCAAUCCACCAACAACUCAUCCUCGUCUCUGCAGCGCAAGGCAAGCGGAAAUAACCUCCUCAGCCAGCAACAGCAAGAUGAAGCCGCCCCGACGGCCAACUCCCAGCGCCUCCUCAAGUCCGAACCCACAGAAGUCAUCCUCCGUGGCUACCGGGCCUCGGCUCAGCAGUAUGCCGCCGUCAACCACUACGAAAACCUCGCCGGUCGGAUCUGCGAAGACUACCCGCGGGAGCCUCCCCCCGACCAGCGCCGCUACAAGGGCGACCUGCGUGAUCCUGCCUACACGCGCCGCCGUGCCCUAACGCCCGAGGAGAAGGUGAAGGUCAACCGUGCCGACGGUGGGGAGCAUUGGGUCAAGGUCACCUUUGAGAGCGCCGAGGCAGCCGAGACGGCCAUGUACGCGAGUCCUCAGUCCAUCCUCGGCUGUCUUGUAUACGCUGAGCCCUACCGCGGCUACCCGCCUGCCCAAGAUGAGCCCAUCUUCGACACCGACACCCUAGGCUCCGUCGGUCUCGACGACAACAACGCCAAUAACGGCAUUGGUUUCGGCACCUCACGCCGCCGUCGAGGUAUUCCGUUCCCGACAAGUAGCACCUUGCAAAGCCAGCGUUCUUUCGGCGACGAUACCCCUCCAGGCUCGCACGCUUCCUCACAGACCCUCGACACCGCCACCCUUUCCCAGACCAACACCGUCUCCUCGGCCACCAUCACAGACGCCCGCUCUCUGCCCAACGGCUCUGUCUCUGCCUCUGGCGCCGACGGCCAUACCCAGCCACCGCAGCAAGGCGACCCUGCCUUUUGUCGCAAGAUCCCGACGGCCCGCCGCGCGACGCUCCGCUCGGCCGACGAGGCACACCUGCCCUCCCAGAGCUUCACGGCGAGGCUUCUCGCGGCGGUGCCGAUUCUCAUGUGGUUCAUCGGCGGCUUCGGCGCCAUGAUCGGCAACGAGGUGCCGCGCAAGGAGAACGGCGAGUUCGAUUACGACAAGGCGAGCCCGUACUGGAAGUUCAUAUGGUGGUUGGACGUGACCUUUCGUCUGUUCAAGGGGGAGAUUGUGAAUGCCGCCGAUACCGACGACUAA